UUGGUGGUCCCAUAACCUCACUUGUCAAAAACGUAAAUAAUCGUGAAAUGGAAAAUAAAAAAAUAUCGUUCGGUUUCAGCAAAAUUAGUAAAAAGACCGAAAUCAGGUCAAGUGUUCCGAAACCCGAAAAUAAGAUACAGCUAAUUGACUGUUUAGAGGGUCAAUCAAUUAAAAUAAAAGGUGCCGUUGAGGAGACAAAUGAGCCGUUGGUGAUACCAAUCCAAGGCCCAUCAAACAAAUUAAUAGACCAAAUAAAAAAAGCGAGGGAAAAACACGUCAAACCUGAAGUUAAAGAAGAGACAGGGGAGGCAAAUUCUGUGCCAGACUCUGCCCUAUCUCUUGACGAAUUAGCGGCAAGAGAGUUAAUCCGAGAGGCACAGACUCGCAACACUGUACAAAGCGAGACAAAAGUCUACUCCUUGCCUUUAAAUGACGACAAGUUUGUGGCAGAGGGGGCACAGGAGUCGUCUCUCGACGACUACGAAAGUGUACCAAUUACAGAUUUUGGUAUGGCGAUGUUACGUGGCAUGAAUUGGAAAGAGGGAAUGCCAAUUGGGAAAAGGACCAAAAAAUCUGAGGUCCCAAAAGUCCCAGAGUUGCGCCCCAAAGGCCUGGGCUUGGGUGCCAAUAAAAUGGUCAAUUCCAGCACCCCUUCACAAAGUGUAGAUAAGGAGGGUAAAGCGCUCCAGCUUGUGAAGGGGGCUUACGGUAAAAUAAUAGCCGGCAAUCACAGAAGUCAAUACUGCCAAGUCCAGGGUCUGGAUGACGAAAAUUGCAGAGUUAUAGUGAAGACAGCUCUCACGAAUGAGAUUUUAAGCUUAAAUGAAUUUUUAAUUGUGCCAGUCACGAGUGAGGAGUAUAAUAAGUGUUCAAGGGUCAUAAACAACGCGAAGUAUGAGGAACAUGUGGAAAAAUCGGCGAAAGUGGAGCGAGAUCGCUCAAGGUCACGCUCAUCAAGUCGCGAAAAGAAGCACAAGAAAAAGACGAAAAAGAGUAAAAGCAAAUCGCGGGGCUCGGACUCCGACAAUGAUGUCAGGAGGAGGAGAAAUAAGAAACAUUCAAGGCAUGGAAGCAGCGAUAGUGGGUCGGAUCGUGAUUACAGGCGACGCAAGGGCAAAAAUAGGAGAUGAGGCUUUUAAUUAAAUAUAUUUUUCUACAAA